AUGCAUGAAUGGUUGGAAGAACACAAAGAAGAGGUACUUGAUAACAUAGUGGAAGAAGUUCUUGAUGGUGUAGGACUAGUUAAAGAAAUUGAGACAGGCCAUUUGGAUGAUGAGGAUGAAAAUGAAAAUGGAGAUGAGGAUAAGGAUGAAUAUGAGGAUGAUCAUGGGGCUGAGGAUGUGGAAGCUGAUGAAGAUGAGGAUAAGCAUAGCAUCGCUCAUUUUAUCAAAAAUGAUAAUGUCCCUGAUGUCGAAAUGGGUGACAAUGCAGCUUUGGGGGGCCCUUUGGAAGAAGCCAUGGAUGAGGAUGAAGAUGUUUAUCCUCAGUUGCCAAACAUUUUCAAUGAAAAGCUUCACUAG